AUGAGCUUUUCUCUUGAUCUGAUUCCUCGGAGUCAAGAAGAAGUCGCAGAAUCACUGUCUAGUGACAUCGAUCAGGAUAUACCAAUACCUCCUGAAGAAGUGGCAAAUUUACUAGUUAAUGGAAACCCACAGUCUAUUGAAGAGUAUAGUGAACAUUUACACAAAAUUUCAAUCAUUCUUUUUGAAGGAUCUUUUAAAGAACAUAGUAUAGAGUUGAAAAAUAAGUUUUACUCCUUAAUGGAUCGUCUAGAGGAUUUCAUAAACUUGGAAGAUCCAAUUCACUCCAAAUUAUAUUUGAUAGUUGAGAGAAAUUUUGACAUAUUCAUUAAAAUAUCUAUUGGUCGAGAUCAUGUUGAUUUGUCAACAAGAACAAUUCGAUUUUUAACAAGAGUAAUUAUGAACUUGAACUAUUGGGAGGUGUAUAAUUUACUAACCUGGAAACCUGCUAUAUAUCAUUUUCUUACGGUGAUACAAUUUGAUUUAAGUGAAUGUUAUGCAAAAUUUAUUAGUGACUACUCGAAGUACAACAGCAUUGAAAUUGCUCAAGAGGAGCCUGUUUUGAAACGAACUAUAAAAAGGACUAGGAGAGAAAGAGAGGAAACACCUGAGUCAGACAGCUCUACGUCAUUGACUAAUGAAGAUAAUUCGAUCAGAUCGAGCUCUAAUACUCCGUCAUCACUAUUUUUAACUAGUGUUCCAAAUGAAGAACAUGACAAAUUUGUAUCAGAAUCUUUAGCUGGACUAACCCCCAAAGAAAAAAAGAGAAUACGAGCUGACGCCAAGCUCGCUGCUCACAGAGUGAUUAAGAAACCUGCGGCAAAACCCUCUAACAAGUCUUCUAACUAUGAUCCAGAUGUUGUACACGAAUGUCAGCUACCGUCGGCUGAUGAACCGGGUAAGCUUUGUCUUCGUCGUUUCUCAAGAAAGUACGAAUUGAUUAGACAUCAGGAGACAGUACACUCAAAGAAAAAGAAGUUAUUUAAGUGCUAUGUUUGUGUGAAGCAAAACCCAAACAUUGGACCGAGGAUAUUUACUAGACAUGAUACUCUAGCGAAGCAUAUCAGAGUCAAUCACAAGAUCUCGGGAAAGGAAGCAAAAGCCGAGGUGGCUUAUUCAAAAAAACACGCAGAAGUUGUAGAAGAGGGUGAUAUAACGGUACAUGUUGGGCGGCGAAAAACGAAAGUUGAUUUUGAAUUGAGAGCACAUAUGGAAAAGAGAAAGAUGGCCAAGGGCCCUGAUUACGAUGACUCGGGUAACUUUGAUUCGAACAUCGAUAUUAGCGACGAUGAAAUAUUGUCAGAAUAA